ACUUAUAAUUUCAGAAUUUCCAUUUUGAUUUUUCUUCGAGCAGGCCAGGCAGAAGCUGCGAUUUGCACCUGUUUUGUUCAGCUUGAGCUUCGUGAACACGACUCAAAAGCCGGUCGAAUUCCGCUUCCCGUCGCUGUGUUUUUACGGUUACCGUCACACCUGCGCGAAUCCCUAAUCCCAAAUCUCAAGCCGUUCCUUAAAAGGAACAACACAACAGUGACAGAUUGGAGUAAUUAUUAGUGUCAAACGCAAGGGCAUUUCGGUAACUUCAGCUGGAACAGGCAGUUACUCUAGUUGAUUCUCUCCUCUGUCUUCUUCCCCACAACCACUGUCUGUUGGCGUUUGCUGAGUUGUGCCCAUCUCUCUCUCUUAGUCUGUCUAUAACUUCAAGUCAAACAAUUCAGAGAUCUGGAGAGUGUAGAAACGGAAAGUUAGAGAGAGAGAGAGGAAAAAAAAUGAGAGAGCCAACAAUGGAUGCUUCAGCAUUGGCACAGCCACAACCACCGCCGCAGGCAUUGCUGGAGAGGCUCAAGGACUACGGCCAAGAGCACGCAUUCGACCUCUGGGACGAGCUCUCCGCCGAGGAGCGCCACCAGCUCGUCAAGGACAUCGAGAGUCUCGAUCUUUCGCGGACCGAUCGGAUCAUCCGCUGCUCUCUCCAGUCCCACGCCCUCCCCGCCGCCGCGAUUGAGCCCGUUCCCGAGGGCUGUGUGUCGACCGUGGAGGCCCGAAGGCUCGAGGACCGCGAGCGUUGGUGGAAGGCCGGCUUGAAGGCCAUUUCUGAAGGGAAAUUGGCCGUCCUUCUCUUGUCCGGCGGCCAAGGAACUAGGCUCGGGAGCUCCGAUCCGAAAGGAUGCUUCAACAUUGGCCUUCCGUCGGGGAAAUCUCUGUUCCAGCUUCAAGCUGAGAGAAUUCUGUGUGUUCAGAAGUUAGCUUCGCAGGUGAAGAGUGAUUCUAAUGUUCAAAUACAUUGGUACAUUAUGACUAGUCCUUUUACGGAUGAAUCCACGAGGAAAUUCUUCGAAAGUCAUAAGUACUUUGGGCUUGAAUCUGAGCAAGUCACGUUUUUUCAGCAAGGCACGAUUCCUUGCGUCUCCAAGGACGGUAGAUUCAUCAUGGAAUCUCCGUUUGGAGUGGCGAAAGCUCCUGACGGGAAUGGCGGGGUUUAUUCGGCUCUGAAAACGUCGAAAUUGUUGGAGGACAUGUCAAUGAGAGGCGUUAAGUACUUGGAUUGCUAUGGCGUCGACAAUGCGCUGGUUCGCGUUGCUGAUCCGACUUUCUUGGGCUAUUUCAUCGACAAAGGCGUCGCUGCGGCAGCAAAAGUUGUCCGGAAGGCGUAUCCACAGGAGAAGGUCGGCGUGUUCGUCCGCCGAGGGAAAGGCGGGCCGCUCACUGUUGUCGAGUACAGCGAGUUGGAUCCUUCUCUGGCUUCGGCAAUCAAUCAAGAAACCGGCAGGCUCCGGUUUUGUUGGAGCAAUGUGUGCCUGCACAUGUUUACGCUUGAUUUCCUUCACCAAGUUGCCAAUGGACUUGAGAAGGACAGUGUCUACCACCUCGCCGAAAAGAAAAUCCCCUCCAUUCACGGUCACACGGUCGGAUACAAGCUCGAGCAGUUCAUAUUCGACGCGUUUCCAUAUGCGCCUUCCACGGCGCUUUAUGAGGUGCUGAGGGAAGAAGAGUUUGCUCCUGUGAAGAAUGCCAAUGGAUCCAACUUCGACACCCCGGACAGCGCUAGGCUUCUCGUCCUCCGGCUUCACUCCCGUUGGGUGGUCGCUGCUGGAGGAUUCUUGACGCAUUCCGUGCCGUUGUAUGCCACUGGCGUGGAGGUUUCUCCUUUGUGUUCGUUUGCCGGAGAAAAUCUGGAACCUAUAUGCCGUGGUAGAACCUUUCAUGCCCCUUGUGAGAUUACAUACUAAAUAGGUAAUAAGAUAACUCCAUGCUUUCUAGAUAGCUUCUUUUUCAUCUCAUGUUUUGAGCUAGUGUAUGAAUUGAGAUUAUUGGGAUUUUUGGGCGUGUUUUGAUUCUAUCGAUAUUGUGAUGUGCAAUGCUAUUCUUGAGAUUUGAUUCCUUUGGUGU